UUUCUUUAUUGAGACCACUCCUUCUCUCCCUCUCUCUCUCAGUACUCUUCCUCACUUCCUCUGCGAGCUGCGUUUCGGCGUGACGGCUUCGCUGUACAAUGAAAUACAAUGUAAAAGUAUAAGAAGCGAUAGAGCCGCCAUAGUUAGACCUGCGUCGGCAGCUUGCGGUGGGGAGAGGGCAGUCCGCUCCGCUGGAUGGCAAAGUGAAAUAGCAGCUUUAAAAGCGGUAAGCGAGCAGCCGUCAGCCUCAGGGUAACGCAGCCUAGCGCUGCAUGUGGAGAUUUACACAGAUCCAUAGAGUAAUACGGCGCUUUCUUCGGCGAAGUCACUCCGGAGUUGGUGGAAGCAGAUUGACACCAUGCAGGUGAAUGAUGGCCCCAGCCCUGCCCCCCUGUUCCUGCCUCCCUCCAACGGGAGCAGUCACAGGCCGCCGAUGUACGUCCCGGGCAGGAUCGCCCCCGUGCGCUCGCCUCCGAAGACGCCGUCCGCGCUGAAGCCGUCGACUCCCCCGCAGCGCCCCGCCGCCCUCUCGGUGUACGAGGAGCAGCAGAAGCGGGAGCGAGUUCACAUCCUGCGGCAGAACAGGAACACGCUCAUCUGCUUUGGCAUCUCAGCCGGGGCCUUUUUCCUCGUGCUCAUUCUGGCCCUGAGUCUGUCCAAGGACAUCCUGGACGAAAACUGCCCUCACCACAACCCUUCCCUUAGCAGCUGGAAGCCAGGGCAUAGCCUGGAGAGCACAGCGGUCAUUAAGAAGGGCAGGCUGCUCCGGCUGGACGCCUCAGCAACGCUGCACUCUGUCAUUAUCCAGAGCGGAGGUAUGCUUGUUUUUGCCGAUGAUACCGAUGGCUCCAAGAACAUCACCCUAAGGACUCGGCACAUUCUUAUAGAGGACGGGGGUGCGUUGCACAUUGGUGCACCAAAGUGCCGUUACAGAUCCACUGCCACCAUCACUUUGGUGGGCCGCUCUGACGAGUCAGAGUCUUACAGCCUGCCUGACUUGGGCAGGAAGUUUAUCGGGGUGCGAGCGGGUGGAACGUUGGAGCUCCACGGCGCCCAGAAGCUCUCCUGGACAAUGCUGACCAAGACUGUCCCAUCAUCGGGGCUGGCUUCUGGUGGCUAUGCCUUCCAGAGGAACUUCAGCCGAGGCAUAAACCUGCGAGUGGUGGACCAGGACAAUGCCACCGUCAUAUACUCCAACCGCUUCGACACGCACGACUCGAAAAACGACAGCAGGCAGCUCCACGAGCUGCUGAAAGGGCUGCCCCUGGGCCGCAUCGUGGCCAUGGCUGUGGGAGACUCGGCUGCCAAGAGUCUUCUGGAGGAGACCAAGAGGACCAUCGAGAGCAUUCUGGGAAGUUCUUAUGUCAACGAUCUCAAGUACAGGCAAGCGUGGGCGCUGGUGUCCGUGGUGGGGGGCGGAAACGGCUCCUGCGCGGAGGAUGUGCGGGAGCACGAGAACCACGACACAGGCGGACAGGCACUGGCACGGAAGGAGUUCAUCACGGUGGACGGGGUCCACUUCAGCGUCACUGCGUACAGCGAGUGGAAGAACGGCUUCCCCAUAUCCGGUUUCCAGGUGGAUGCUGUAGACCAGGUGGUGCUCAACCUGAAGGAUGACACUCGGAGCUGGAGGCCGGGAGAUCGCAUCGUGGUCGCCAGCACUGACUACUCCAUGUACCAGGCUGAGGAAUUCACCCUGCUGCCCUGCCCCAAGUGUAACCAGAACCAGGUCCGCAUACAAGGAAAACCCCAGUUCACGCACGUGGGCGAGAUCCUUGAUGGGAUCGAUAUGAGGGCGGAGGUGGGCCUCUUGACCAGGAACAUCCUCAUCCAAGGGGAGACUGAGAACGCCUGCUAUGGAAACAACUGGUGCCAGUUCUUCACCUAUGAUACUUUUGGGGGACAAAUCAAGGUCCUCGGGAACUUCAGUGCCGUGCACCUGUCCCAUGUGGAGCUGAAGCACAUGGGGCAGCAGGUCAGGGGCAGCUAUCCGCUGCAUUUCCACAUGUGCGGCGAUGUGGACCAGCGCGGCGGCUACAGCGUGCCGACCUCCGUGGACGCCCUGUCCAUCCACCACUGCUUCUCCCGCUGCAUCACCAUCCACGCCACCCACGGCCUGCUGAUAAAGGACGUCGUUGGUUACCACACUCUGGGCCAUUGCUUUUUCCUGGAAGAUGGCAUUGAGCAACGGAACACUUUCUUUCACAAUCUGGGCCUGGUUACUAAGCCAGGUACCAUCCUGCCCACAGACCGCAAUGAGACCAUGUGCACCUCGAUCCGAAACAAUGUUUAUGGGAGUUACGUCCCGGUACCAGCAAUGGAGUGCAAGGCCGUGUCCACCUUCUGGAUCGCCAACCCGAACAAUAACCUCAUCAGCAACGCUGCAGCAGGCUCUCAGGAUGCCGGUAUCUGGUUCGUCUUCCACGCGGCCUCGACCGGCGAAUCCCACGGGCGUGUCCCCGAAACGAGGGCGGAGCUCACCCCGCUGGGGGUCUUCUAUAACAACAGGGUGCAUUCCAACUUCAAGGCUGGGCUGUUCAUCGACAAGGGUGUGAAGACCACAAACGCAAGUGCUGCUGACCCUAGAGAGUAUCUGUGCUUGGAUAACAGUGCCAGAUUUCGACCUCAUGAGAAUGCAGACCCAAAGCGGCCUCGAGUCGUAGCCGUUAUUGACACCCUGAUCUCCUUCAAGAAUAAUGACUUGGGCGCCUGGAUCCGUGGUGGGGACAUCAUCAUCCAGAACUCCGGAUUUGCAGACAAUGGAGUUGGACUAUCAUUUGCAAGUGAUGGCAGCUAUCCAAAAGACGAAGGUUCCAGCCAGGAGGUCUCCCAGUCCCUCUUUGUGGGCGAGAGCAAGAACCGCGGCUUCAACGGCGGGCAGAACAAGUACUGGGGAGUCGGCGGGGCGGAUGGCAAGAUGAGGACGCUGCCGAGGAACAAGACCUUUCCGAUCCGGGGUUUCCAGAUCUACGACGGCCCAGUUCGCCUCACCGACAGCACGUUCAAGGGCUAUGUCCCCACCGCGGAUCGCUUCACCAGUGCCGUGGGCUUCAACCUGAAGAACACCUGGCAGCUCACACCGCGGAACAACCUCUCGGGCCUCUCCUUCCAUCCCAGAGAGGGCCUCAAGGCGUUCUUUGGGAAACCUGGUCAAUGGUUUGAGGACAACGAUCUGGACGGGGAUAAAAAUUCAAUUUUCCACGAUGUGGACGGCUCGGUGACGGGCUACCCGGCCUCUUACGUGGCGAGGAUGGACAACUUCCUCAUCCGCCACCCCGAGUGUGUCAACGUCACCGAGUGGAACGGGGUGAUCUGCAGCGGAAGGUAUUCUCAGGUAUACAUUCAGACCCAGGGAGCCUCGAAUGUCAGCGUUUCCAUUGCCAGGGAUGAGUACCCGCAGAAGCCCAUGGUGCUGAAGGGAAUCAACAGCCCUGGGGCCUCCUCACAGCAGUACCAGCCGGUGCUGAUGAUGUCGAAAAGCUACACGGUGCACUGGAACGGGCGUGCCCCCCGCGAGGUCGUGCUGUCCCUCAUCAAUUUCGACAAAGGAGACUGGGUCCAGGUGGGCCUCUGUUACCCCACCGACACCACCUUCCACGUCAUGUCUGAUAUAAAUGACCGUCAGAGCAAUAUUUUUGACAACAUGGAAGACUACCGCUCUGCGGGUUCCCUGGAUGAGCUUGAGAAGAGCCCCCUGGAUCGGAAGUACUACUUUGACAGCGUCUCAGGACUUCUCUGGCUGUCCCUGCGGGCGAGGCAGAGCCGGGAAGGGCAGAGCUACUGCUCCAGGAAGGGCUGCGAGAGGGUCAAAGUCACUGCCACCACAACCUCAAAGCAGGCUGGCAACUGCAUGGCCAAGGCCUACCCCAAGUAUGCCAAAGCUCCACAAGCCGAAGUACCGAUGCCCAAGCUGAUCACGGCACCCUGCAGAAACUGCGGCUCCUCAAAGCUGGUCUUCACAAAUGAUCCUGAAAAUACCUACCUCCAAGUUCAGAUCAAAUCACUCAGCCAGCAGGAAGUGGAGAAGGGCGAUACAGACUCAUUUGUCGGCGUGGACGGUGAGAAGUUCUCCUUCACAGAGCCUGGUUUCUUCUGGGUCACUGUGGAUGCUUGUACUGGUAAAGUCACAAAGAAGUCAUUUUUCUCCAAGCUGGACUCUAAAAUGGAAAAGUAUUUAAACAGUGGGAUCCCAAAGAGCUCCAUUGUUCUGCUUGCAACAAGAGGACAGCUUGAUGGUCUGGGUGAAGUUGCACAGUACCUGGUUGCUUUGGGAACAGCUAAAGCAGCAGACUUGCAGAAGAAAGAGAGCUUGGUUUUUUUUGGAUUCCAAGGUGCUCGUGCCAUACCUCCUUGGGCCGGGCUGUUUACUCCCCAAGAGGCCGGGAAGCUGGAAGUUCUCGAGAAGUAUGUUCCUCUGGGCCUCGAGGAGUAUGAUUGUGCACAGGCUGAGAAAUCAAAGCAGAAAGAUCUGGAACUUCUAACAGAAAUUUUAACCAAAGUAUGAACUUUUCUAGCAAAUGUGAAACCUAGAAUGAAUGUGAACUCAAGACUGAGCUUAAUUUAUAGCAGAAAUGUUUACGGUGUAUAGUUUGGUUUUUUUUUUUUUUUUAAUGUUGCACUUUCUUCAAGACAAAUUCUCAGCCACAACCAAAGCCACAUCAGCAAAGAAAUUGAGAACAAGAGUUUGAUCAUUUUAAAGCCAGGAUAUUGAUGUGAUCCAGUGCCUUUUACAAAGUUGGAAAAAACUAUUUUUAGUCAUGUGAGAUGAUGAAAACCUGACAGAGAACAUUUUACCAUCUUCAAGAAUUGCUUGCAGUUUUGCACAUCUGUCUUUGUCAGUUAAAUACACCGCAAAAUAACUCUGGAUCCUUAAAUGUCACUUGGCCUAAAUUAUCGGAAUAACAGGCUGUUUUUCUUGCCUCUGAAAUUCCAGUCACUUCAUCCGAGUUUUAGAGGUGAUUAAUGAACUGGGUUUAUGUCAUGAAAUGUUUGUCUGAUUUUUUUUAUUUUUUUUUUAGGGGUGGGGAAAUGAUCACAUUCACGUAAUUUAAAAAAUAUUUCUCUCAGUGUACAAAGUGAUCUGUAUACAGUGCCUUUAAACAACUAGAGCAGGGCUCUAUAUUGUGGAGUUAACAGUUAUUUUGUGGAUGGCACCAAACUGCACUGUUGGCUUAAACCCGAUAAUACUGUCCUUUUCACCAGCUGCUAUGCCUCAAGUGGUGCUGUUUCAGAAAUUUAAAGGCGACCAUUUGUGAGAGAAACGAACCCUGAACCUCUGUCUUUCAUUGUGAGCUCGCUGUUAGGCGUCACCUGCUUCUUAACCACUGAAUUGUGAAUUUUUUUAUGUAUAUUUUUUUUCCUUCCUAUCAUACUAUGUAUUUUAAAAGACAGAAAAGGGCCUGUUUGUUUUGUCAUCUGAAGUUGUUCCUCUUGAAUCAUCUCACUCAGUAGUUCAAGAGCUGUUUCAUUUGUAUGUGUAAUGAAUGUUUUAUAUAUUUGAAAAUGUUUUAAAACAGUAAAUGAGUUUAAUUCCCUGUAGCUUUUUUAUUACUUUUAAAUGCUACGUGGUAUUGAACAAAGUGGGAAAUGAUAAAUGUUAACUUUUAUUAAGAAAAGUAAAUGUUGCCCUUUAUUGUAUUAAAAUUGUUUUCAGUU